UCAACCAAGAGCCGCCAGCGCACAUGAUACUGGGUCACCUGUCCUGCGUCGACCCCUCCCCCGCCUCAACGGUUUUUUUGCUCGUCAGUUGGAGGAAAAAACGUCAUGCUGGUCAGGCUUCGGUUCUCUCAUUGGUCCUCCUGCUUGUCUGUCAAGCGCUGUGUCAUCGGAUUGGGCUUCUAGAGGAGCCGUGUCCGUCCACGCUGUACCUGUCUCGUUGUGAGAGGCUGACGACUCUUCCUGUUCCACACACAGCUCCCGCCUCUUUCAUUCAGCUCCAAGGAAGGAAGGAAGGAAGGAGGAUCUUCUCGAGCCGCGUGUGACACUUCUAGGGUGCAGCCAAACUGCGCUGCAAUGUGGUUCCCAGGAAUCGUUUAACUGCUCCUACCGUUAGCGGGGAAUAAGAUUACACAGUCGGGAAUCCCAGGCACUACUUUGGGGGUGUGCAGGGUAAGGUGCUGCAAGUGGUUCGGAAGUGAAGUGUGGCAGGAAUAGGAAGAGAAGAGGAGGUCUUUUCCUGUGUGAUAUCAGAUAGCUCGAAUUGCUUGGUUGCCACCACGGGACUGACGUAGAGCAAUGGCGGAGCAUCACCAGGUUUCCGACAGCAAACACAAAUCCUCACUGACCUCCGCAGCGCCGUACUCUGGGAAUGGACGCAGCAGCACAGCGGUGGCGGAGAGAGACAGCAUGGCCGGUGCGGGAGGAGGUCUGUCCGGCGGCCUGUCGCAGCCGGCCGGUUGGCAGUCCCUGCUGUCCUUUACGGUCCUGUUUCUGGCCUGUCUGGCCGGCUUCAGUUCCAGGCUCUUCGCUGUCAUCCGCUUCGAGAGCAUCAUUCACGAGUUUGACCCUUGGUUCAAUUACAGGUCAACUCACCAUCUGACCACCAAUGGCUUCUAUGAGUUCCUCAACUGGUUUGAUGAAAGAGCCUGGUACCCUCUGGGUAGGAUAGUCGGGGGCACGGUGUACCCGGGCCUCAUGGUGACGGCUGGCCUCAUCCACUAUGUGCUGAACCUGCUGCACAUUACCGUUCACAUCCGGGACGUUUGUGUUUUCUUGGCCCCUGUGUUCAGUGGUCUGACCUCCAUCUCCACCUUUCUCCUGACGAGAGAGCUGUGGAACCAGGGGGCGGCGCUACUGGCUGCCUGCUUCAUCGCCAUCGUUCCAGGCUACAUUUCCCGCUCAGUGGCCGGCUCCUUCGACAACGAAGGCAUCGCCAUCUUUGCCCUACAGUUCACGUACUACCUCUGGGUAAAAUCGGUCAAAACUGGAUCUGUCUUCUGGGCCGUCGGCUGCUGCCUGUCCUACUUCUACAUGGUGUCAGCAUGGGGCGGAUACGUGUUCAUCAUCAACCUUAUUCCUCUUCAUGUGUUCGUCCUGUUGCUGAUGCAGCGUUUCAGUAAAAGAGUCUACAUCGCGUACAGCACCUUCUACAUCUUAGGUCUGAUCUUGUCGAUGCAGAUCCCCUUCGUGGGCUUUCAGCCAAUCAGAACAAGUGAACAUAUGGCAGCAGCAGGUGUGUUUGUUCUGCUGCAGGUCUACGCCUUCCUGCAGUAUCUGAAGGACAGACUGACCAAGCAGGAGUUCCAGACGCUGUUCUUCCUGGGCGUCUCUCUGGCUGCUGGGGUGGUUUUCCUCUCUGUCAUCUACCUAACAUACACAGGGUACAUAGCUCCAUGGAGUGGUCGAUUCUACUCCCUCUGGGAUACCGGUUAUGCUAAGAUCCACAUUCCCAUCAUAGCCUCUGUGUCUGAGCAUCAGCCCACCACCUGGGUCUCGUUCUUCUUCGAUCUCCACAUCCUCGUCUGCACCUUCCCCGCAGGCCUCUGGUUCUGCAUCAGAAACAUAAAUGAUGAGCGGGUCUUCGUGGCCCUGUACGCCAUCAGCGCAGUGUACUUUGCCGGCGUGAUGGUGCGCUUGAUGCUCACUCUGACUCCGGUGGUGUGCAUGCUAGCAGCCGUGGCCUUCUCCAGCGUUUUCGAACACUAUCUGGGGGAUGAUAUGAAGAGACAGAGCCCACCUGCUGAGGACAGCAGCGACGAGGACGACAGGAAGAAUGCAGGCAACCUUUACGAUAAGGCUGGGAAGGUGAGAAAACACGUGUCGGAGCAGGAGAAGCCAGAAGAGGGCCUGGGACCCAACAUUAAGUCCAUAGUCACAAUGCUGAUGCUGAUGCUGCUCAUGAUGUUCGCCGUCCACUGCACUUGGGUCACCAGCAAUGCCUACUCCAGCCCCAGUGUGGUGCUGGCAUCUUACAACCAUGAUGGGUCCCGUAACAUCCUGGACGACUUCAGGGAGGCGUAUUACUGGCUGAGGCAGAACACAGACGAGCAUGCCAGAGUGAUGUCAUGGUGGGACUAUGGCUACCAGAUAGCAGGCAUGGCUAACAGGACCACUCUGGUGGACAACAACACAUGGAACAACAGCCACAUAGCUCUGGUCGGCAAAGCAAUGUCCUCCAAUGAGACUGCAGCCUAUGACAUCAUGAGGUCUCUGGACGUUGACUAUGUCCUGAUCAUCUUCGGUGGGGUGAUCGGCUACUCUGGGGACGACAUCAAUAAGUUCCUCUGGAUGGUGCGCAUUGCAGAGGGGGAACACCCUAAGGACAUCAGGGAAAGUGACUACUUUACCCCUCAGGGAGAAUUCAGAGUGGACAAAGCCGGCUCCCCCACCUUGCUUAACUGCCUUAUGUACAAGAUGUCCUACUACCGCUUUGGAGAAAUGCAGUUGGAUUUCCGAACACCUCCUGGCUUUGACCGGACUCGGAAUGCUGAGAUCGGCAACAAGGACAUAAAGCUGAAGCACCUAGAGGAAGCCUUCACUUCAGAGCACUGGUUGGUCAGGAUAUACAAGGUGAAAAAGCUGGAGAACAGGGACCGUGUGGAGGCCAAGCUGCGGAGCACUGACAUCCUAAGGCAGAAGUACACCUCGAAAAAGACAGCCAAGAGGAAGCGGGGGUUCAUCAAGAACAAGCUGUCCUUGAAGAAGGGCAAGAAAGUGACCAAGAAGUCUUUAUAAGAAGUUCACCACAAACAGAUGCAGACUGUGAGCAGGAAAUAAAAUUUUACACUCAGAACUUUCAGCAGAAACACACAGCAGGAGUAAAGAUGCAGCAAAUCACAAUGAACGAGGUUCUCCAGACCAUCACAGUCCUGAAGGUUCAGGCUGGAAACUGAACUUUCCAGGGAUGAUGCUCGACUGAUCCAUGAGCCAACCAGAGAGGUGGAUGGGAGGAGAAAUGGGAGAGAUGGAAAUCGUGAGGUGUCAGACCCCCCUACAACACACACAUAGAAACGAAACUAUGACCUUUGACUUUUCCUUAUGUAUCUAUACUGGGACACUAGAGCAAAACAUUUACUGUUCUACUUUCAGGAACUCAUCACCCAUCUGAUCACAGGUCUCUCAGCCUGAGGUUGCUUUAUCUGACCUUAUUUCACCUAAAUCCCCACAGUCUGUCUGAUCUUCAACCAUUUACUGCCUCUUUGGAGGUCUUGAUUCUAACAUUAAACUGCUUUACUCUUCAAAUUCAAUUCUAAACCAAAGCAUACCACAGGAUCAGUUCCAGGAGAUUCCCGUUGGCUUUAGCUCAGUGGUUUACCCAGGAAACAGAUCAGAGAUGGGAAAGGCAGAAUCAUUCAGAAACCACAGCUAUUUCAGUGUUGAGCUCCUUAACUGGUACUUGGUUGCUGAUAGUUCAUGCAGAUGAGUGUCAGAGAAAUCAUCUAAAAGUAGUUUGAAGCGUCCACAGAAGCAUCAAUGAACAGCUGGUGGUCCUCACGCCCCGUCUUCAGCGGAUCCAGCAUCUAAAGAAAGUUCCACUAAACAGUGGGUCUGUCUGCCUCCGGUUCAGACCGGUCAUACAAGUUUGUGCUUCCACAGCCUCAGAAACAUUACUGUCCUUUUAGUCGGCCCAAGUCACAGAGUUCCACACAAACUUCCCUUCAAGGUCACUUCCUGGAUUCAGUUCCUGUAAAUUGCUGUAAAACACGUUCAUCUUGUGGGAGCUGACUUUAAAUCUGCUGUGAGGUUUUGCCAGAACACAUACAAGUCCAGCUGGACAGAACAGCAUAGGCCUUAACAGAAUACUGAUAAAACGUUGUAGGAUGUUUCUGAGCUGCACUGUCUGGUGUAUUUAUUAUGGAUGCCGAACGCUGCAGAGACUAAAGCAAGAGUAGCGUCCCGUCCUCAAAAUGCAAGCUUUUUAUCUGGGUUUCAUUUUCAAAGAGAAAAGUUCUUCCAUCAAUUGUAAUGAUCUGGAUGCAGGUGUGGGAAUUAAACAUGCCUUUUUGAAUAAAGAGGUUGAAAUAAA